GUGGGGGACGCCUUCAUAGCUGCCGUCUACGCAGAUAAGCGUGACGUCGUAAGGUUUCUGCAUGCUACGGGAAUUGUCUCGACCGAUAGUUUCCAAACGGCUUUUGAGGGCGCAAUGAGGGUUUCCAACUCCAACACAGCUCUGUGUCUGUACAGUUUCAAGCGAGCAUCUGUGCCGAUGCUUAACCAGCGGCUGAUGGAGAAAGAGAGGGAGAAUAUCUCUACUGCUUCGAUCAGCACGGCAUUCAAGCGAGCUGCUCGUUGCGCAUGUCCAGAUCAAGCCAACAUCGUGAAGUUCCUGUACACGCAGGAGUGUAUCUCGCCUGAACUUAUCGGGACCGCGUUUGUGAGUGCGGCCGGAUGGGGUCUAGACGAUGUGGUGGAGCUGUUGCGCACUGAUGCUCGUCUUCUUCUGGAGUCCGUACAUGAAGCUUUUGUCGCAGCAGUUUGCCGUUGUCAAGUGCAAAUGGUGAAGAAACUGUACAGCCAGCAGUCUAUU